CUCCUGGUGAAACUGGCAAGAACAAGGGAAGUACAAAGAGGUUUCUGGAGCUGGUUCUGGUGAGCAGGGCCUCCAUCAGUCAGCAUGGACUGGAAGACUUUACAGGGCCUGCUGAGUGGGGUGAAUAAAUACUCCACCGCGUUCGGGCGCAUCUGGCUCUCCGUUGUCUUUGUCUUCCGGGUCCUGGUCUAUGUGGUAGCGGCUGAACGGGUGUGGGGAGACGAGCAGAAGGACUUUGACUGCAACCACAGGCAGCCUGGUUGCACCAAUGUUUGCUAUGACCAUUUCUUCCCCAUCUCCCACAUCCGCCUGUGGGCCCUGCAGCUUAUUUUUGUCACCUGCCCUUCGCUUCUAGUCAUCAUGCACGUGGCCUACCGAGAGGACAGGGAGAGGAAGAACCGGGAAAAGAAUGGAGAGGACUGCCCCAAACUCUACAGUAACACUGGCAAGAAGCACGGUGGCCUUUGGUGGACAUACCUCCUCACCCUCUUUUUCAAGCUGACCAUUGAGAUCACCUUCCUCUACCUCCUGCAUAGGAUAUGGGACAGCUUUGACCUCCCUGUCUUGGUCAAGUGUGACCUGCAACCAUGCCCCAAUACGGUAGACUGUUACAUCGCUCGGCCCACGGAGAAGAAGAUUUUCACCUACUUCAUGGUGGGUGCAUCUGCCCUCUGCAUCGUCCUCACCGUGUGUGAGAUCUUCUACCUCAUCUUCAAGCGGGUGGUCCGCUCGAUGAGGAAGCUGGGCAAGAACAAGAAGUCGCUCACUUACAGCAAGGCCUCUACUUGCCACUGCAACUCAAAGAUGGAGCACUCCCAUGAUGGGAAAUUAAAGGGCGCCCCCUUGGAGGCCCUCAGAGCCUCCGCACCCAACCUGACCUUAAUCUGAGGUGGGGCGUUGGAGGAGCAAAUCCAAAUGGCCAACUGCUGUUUGGAAGAUUUCAUGGGGGACAUGUGGCUUUUUGAAAUGUGG